AACUCUCUGUUCCCGAGUCACUAAGAAGCCAAGAUGUUGGUGUUACUUGCUGGUAUCUUCGUGGUCCACAUCGCCACUGCUAUUAUGCUAUUUGUCUCUACCAUCUCCAACGUCUGGAUGGUCUCGCCUGAUGUAAAAUCCUCUGUAGGGCUUUGGAAGAACUGUACCAAUGGUGACUGUGGUGGCUCCUUGUCAUAUGGCAAUGAAGAUGCUCUCAAGGCAGUGCAAGCCUUCAUGAUCCUCUCCAUCAUCUUCUCCGUGAUUUCCCUUCUGGUCUUCGUGUUCCAGCUCUUUACCAUGGAGAAGGGAAACCGCUUCUUCCUCUCCGGGUCCACCAUGUUGGUGUGCUGGUUUUGCAUCCUGGUCGGCGUCUCUGUCUACACUCACCAUUAUGCUCACCGUGAGAUGAACUUAACCGCUAAUGACCACCAAGGCUACUGCUUCAUCCUGACCUGGAUUUGCUUCUGCUUCAGUUUCAUUAUUGGCAUCCUCUAUAUGGUCCUGAGGAAGAAAUAAGCUGAACAAAGCUUAUGGGGACUGGGGGAG